UGUUUCAUUAACCAGAAAAACUACACCUUAGCAGCACAGAAUCAUCUCUCUUGAAAAGCCUACAAGACUGUCAUAACUGAAAUUGUGAACCUACAUUACAGAGGCAGGAAUAGUAGGGGCCGAGACAAAACACCAAAUCUAGAAACAGAUAUAGUAAGUAGCAGGGAAGCGAGUUCAAACUAAGAAGCAGGAUUGGGGUUUUUGUUGUGUGAGAGAGAGAUCAGAGAUGGUGAACACAAGGUGCUACUUGGACAUAAGCAUAGGAGGAGAAGUAGAAGGGAGGAUAGUGGUGGAGCUUUACAAGGAUGUUGUCCCCAAAACGGCUGAGAAUUUCAGGGCUUUGUGUACUGGUGAGAAAGGCAUUGGUCCUCACACUAGUGCACUCCUUCAUUACAAGGGUGUCCGUUUUCAUCGCAUUAUCAGAGGAUUCAUGAUACAAGGUGGUGAUAUAUCUGCUGGGAAUGGAACUGGAGGAGAAUCCAUUUAUGGCUUGAAAUUCGAAGAUGAAAACUUUGAGUUUAAACAUGAAAGAAAGGGAAUCUUAUCUAUGGCUAACAAAGGCCCUGAUACCAAUGGAUCUCAGUUCUUUAUAACCACCAAUCGAACUCCCCAUCUAGAUGGGAAGCAUGUGAUAUUUGGUAAGGUAAUUAAAGGAAUGAGUGUGGUUCGUGCUAUGGAGCAUGUUGAUACUCAGGAUGGUGACUAUCCCACUCGGGAUGUAAUAAUUAUGGAUUGUGGAGAAAUUCCCGAGGGGGCAGAUGAUGGAACUUCUAACUUCUUUAAAGAUGGUGAUAUUUAUCCUGAUUGGCCAACUGACCUUGAUACAAAACCAGAAGAAAUUUCUUGGUGGAUGCAAGCUGUUGACUCUAUUAAAUCUUUUGGAAAUGAGCAAUUCAAGAAGAAAGACUAUAAAAUGGCUCUUAGAAAGUACCGAAAGGCUUUGCGCUACUUGGAUGUUUGCUACGAGAAGGAAGGCAUGGAUGAAGAGAAAAGCUCAUCUUUGAGGAUGAUGAAGUCCCAAGUUUUUACAAAUAGUGCUGCAUGCAAAUUGAAGAUGGGUGAUUUGAGAGGAGCAUUGUUGGAUACAGAUUAUGCUACACGUGAUGUAGAUGAUAAUGUGAAAGCUUUUUUUCGUCAAGGCCAGGCACAUAUGGCACUUAAUGACAUAGAUGCUGCUGUUGAAAGCUUCAAGAAGGCAAUGGUGUUGGAGCCAAAUGAUGGAGGAAUAAAAAGAGAGCUGGCUGCUGCAAAAAAGAAGAUUGCCGAAAGACACGAUCAAGAGAAAAAGGCGUAUGCAAGAAUGUUUCAAUAGGUUUCAGCUGGUGUGUGGUAUGGGUCAAUUUUUUGUUUCUAGGCACAUCUUAGGUCUCAGUCAUCCAAUACCAAGUUUUUGCUUAUGGACUUUGGUUGGCUUUUGCAUCAGGUCUUGGGCUCACUCACUAGGGUUUCGAGAAGAUUUGGGGUGACGGGGUUUAGAUAGGUUAAGAGAAGAAGGAAAAAGAAAAAAGUGAUUUGAUCAUCUGUUUGUUGGAGGGCAGAAAAUUCUGGCAAUAUCUUGGUCGAACGAAUCAAAAGGAAGCUUCAACUGAAUUUUUUCCUAGAUUCUCUCAUUUUUGUCAAGUCAAGAAAGUGGCACCUUAUUGUAGGUUGAAACUAUAUUGGGACUUUAUAAACUAAUCUGAAAUCAUCCAAAUAGUCUUGCUAUGCUUCGUACAAGAAAG